CCCCGCCAACACUUUCAUAUAUAACUCAUUCAUUCACUUCCCAUCUUUUUCUUCAAGUUAAAUUAAUUUUUGUGCUGUAAUACUACUUCUUGGAAAAGUGGUGCAUGCUAGCUUAGUAGAGAAGGAUCAGAUGAGCAGAUCAGAUCAAGAUCAGGGUGCAGGAGUAGUAAUGGUCAUGCAGCGUGCAGAGAUCGACACCCGAGCGCCUUUCAAUUCUGUUAAAGAAGCAGUCAUGUUGUUCGGAGAAAGGGUUUUGGCCGGUGAAAUCUACUCCAAGCAGCUCAAAGUGAUACGAGCAGCAGCAAGUGGUCAAACUGGGAAUGCUCAAUCUAGGCUUGGAGCCUUGACAGCUGAGCUUGAAGAAACAAAGCAAAGCCUUCAGAAAGCAAGAGAAGAAGGUAACUCCAUGGCAAUGUGCAUAAAAUCCUUUAGAGAAGAGCUGGAACAAGCAAAGAAAGAAAUACAUGAGUUAAAGAAGGUAAUGGAGUUCCAAAAAGAUCAGCAGGCUGAAACUGAUCAGAUCGAAGACCUCAAGUUCAUCGAAAAUGCAAUAAAAGUUGAUCAGAUCAAGACACAAAAUACAGAAGGAGCAAAGGAGUUACAGAGGAAGAGAUCAUACGUGAGAUUUGCAAGCCCUCCUUCACUGGCUAAGGUUAUAAUCAGUGCUGCUGAAGACGAUCAGUUUCAGGCCGAGAGGUCCCCUUCUAUUAAGAAGACAAAGAAGAAGUCUUUGAUACCACUCAUAGGAUGGCUUUUUUCAAGAAAGAAGGGAAGCCAUGAAUAGAGCUUGAGUCUCUCUACUGGCUGAAUAAGCAAAGUUCCUUCACACAUGCAUGUUAGUCAUAAGUAGUACUUGAAGUGAGAAUCAUGAUCUUUACAAAGCCAUUAAUGCCAUUUUUUUAAUUGUCAUGUCAUGCAUUAA